UAGAUUACUGGUAUGCAAAUAAAGGCCUCAUUUCCAUAACCAAGUAGGUCAAAAGAGGACUUCCGGGUCAAGCGUUGCAACUUCCUGUCUGAUCGAAAACGGCGUGGGUACACGAACAACGCGGAGGUGCCUGUUCAAUCUCGCAGAUUUUCACAACUUUUACGGUUUUUACGGGCUCAACUGGUGGCUGUGUAUCAGUGAACAUCCAGAUUGGUCAGAACUGUUGUUGUCAUGGGGACAUAUAGCAACUGCUGUGAUGAUGCUGGAGAGAGAGCUGAGGGAGAGGUUGCCCUUAAACAGUCGGCUGCAAAAUCUUACCUGUGUGAGGAGUGCAACAAGCGGUUUGGUACGCUAAGUAAGCUGAAGGCCCACAUGCGUACUCACACAGGUGAGAAACCCUACAGGUGUGAGGAGUGCAGCAAACAGUUUAGUCAGCCGAGUGAUCUGAAGAAGCACAUGCGUACUCACACAGGGGAGAAACCCUACAAGUGUGAGGAGUGCAGCAAGCAGUUCAGUAUCCUGCAUCAUCUGAAGACCCACAUGCGGACUCACACAGGGGAGAAACCCUACAAGUGUGAGGAGUGCAGCAAGCAGUUCAGUAUGCCAGGUAAUCUGAAGUCACACAUGUAUACUCACACUGGGGAGAAACCCUUUAAGUGUGAGGAAUGCAGCAAGCAGUUUAGUCAGCUGAGUGAUCUGAAGAAGCACAUGCGCAUUCACACAGGGGAGAAACCGUUCAAGUGUGAGGAGUGCAGCAAACAGUUCAGUAGGCCAGGUCAUCUGAAGAUUCAUUUGCGUAUCCACACAGGGGAGAAACCGUACAAGUGUGAGGAGUGCAGCAAGCAAUUUAGUCAGUCAGGUAGUCUGAAGACCCACAUGCGGACCCACACAGGGGAGAAACCCUUCAACUGUGAGGAAUGCAGCAGGCAGUUUGGUCGACUGGACUGUCUGAUGGCUCACAUACGAACUCACACUGGGGAAAAACCUUUUAAAUGUGAUAAGUGUGGCAUGCAGUUCAGAAAGCUGGGUCAUCUGGGUACUCACAUGCGCACUCACACAGGGGAGAAAAAAUAUAGGUGUGAGGAGUGCAGCAGACAAUUUAGUGAGCUGGGUAGUCUGAAGUCUCACAUGCGAUCUCACACAGGGGAGAAACCCUACACGUGUGAGGAAUGCAGCAAACAGUUCAGUGAGCUGAGUCAUCUGAAGACUCAUAUGCGUACUCACACAGGUGAGAAACCCUACAGGUGUGAGGAGUGUAGCAGACAGUUUAGUACUAUGAAUGGUCUGAAGGAACACAUGCGGACUCACACUGGGGAGAAACCCUACUGUUGUGAAGAGUGCAGCAAGCAGUUCAGAUGUCUGGGUGACCUGAAGAAGCACAUGCGGACCCACACGGGUGAGAAACCCUACAAGUGUGAAGAGUGCAGCAAGCAGUUCAGACAUCUGUGUUCUCUGAAGGAACACAUGCGAACUCACACUGGGGAGAAACCCUACACGUGUGAAGUGUGCAGCAAAAAGUUCUCUAGCCUGAGUAACAUGAAGUCCCACCAGCGAAGUCACAAAAAAGCUGCUGACUUUCAGUUGGUUAGAACUGUUGUCAUGGCAACAUCUAGCAACUGCUGUGAUGAUGCUGAAGACAGAGCUGAGGAAGAGGCUGCCCCCAAACAGUCGGCCGCAAAAUCGUUCCUUUGUGAGGAGUGCAGCAGGCAGUUCAGUCAGCUGAGUCAUCUGAAAAUCCACAUGCGGACUCACACAGGGGAGAAACCCUACAAGUGUGAAGAGUGCAGCAAGCAGUUCAGAAUGCUGCAUCAUCUGAAGACUCACAUGCACACUCAUACAGGGGAGAAACCGUACCAGUGUGAGGAGUGUAACAAACAGUUCACAAUGCCUAGCCAUCUGAAGACUCAUAUGCGUACUCACACAGGGGAGAAACCCUACAAGUGUGAGGAGUGCAGCAAACAGUUCAGUCGGCCGGAACAUCUGAAGACCCACAUGCGUACUCACACAGGUGAGAAACCCUACAAGUGUGAGGAGUGCAGCAAGCAGUUUAGCCAGCCAGGUAGUCUGAAGAUACACAUGCGAACUCACACGGGGGAGAAACCAUUCAAGUGUGAGGAGUGCAGCAAGCAGUUUGGUCGAGUGGACUGUCUGAUGGCACACAAGCGUACUCACACAGGGGAGAAACCUUUUCAGUGUGAGAGGUGUGGCAUGCGGUUCAGAAGGCUGGGUCAUCUGGGUACUCACAUGCAUACUCAUACAGGAGAGAAAAAGUAUGGGUGUGAGGAGUGCAGCAGACAAUUUAGUGCCCUGGAUCAACUUAAGAUUCACAUGAGAACCCACACAGGGGAGAAACCUUACAUGUGUGAGGAGUGCAGCAAACGGUUUGUUGUGCAGGGUGAUCUAAAGAAGCACAUGCGCUCUCACACAGGUGAGAAACCGUACAAGUGUGAGGAGUGCAGCAGACAGUUCAGUAUGCCAGGCAGUCUGAAAAGGCAUAUGCAGACUCCCACUGGGGAGAACCCGUACAUGUGUGGGGAGUGUAGCAAACGGUUCAGUGUGUUGGCAGAUCUGAAGAAGCACAUGCGCACUCACACAGGGGAGAAACCAUACAAGUGUGAGGAGUGUAGCAAGCAGUUUAGCAGUCUGUAUGGUCUGAAGUGUCACAUGCGAACUCACACAGGUGAGAAACCCUACAAAUGUGAGGAGUGCAGCAAACAGUUCAGUCAGCUGAGUGCUCACAAGAAGCACAUGCGCAUUCACAGAGGGGAGAAACCCUUCACGUGUGAGGAGUGCAGCAGGCAGUUCAGUGAGCGGGGCAGUCUGAAAAAACACAUGCGCACUCACACUGGUGAGAAACCGUACAUGUGUGGGGAGUGCAGCAAACGGUUCAGUGUGCUGGGAGAUCUGAAGACCCACAUGCGCACUCACACAGGGGAGAAACCUUACAAGUGUGCGGAGUGCAGCAAGCAGUUCAGUCAGAGGAGUGCUCUGAAGACUCACAUGGUAACUCACACAGGUGAGAAACCCUAUACUUGUGAGGAGUGCAGCAGGCAGUUCGGUCAUAAGUGUGCUCUGAAGAAACACAAGCGAACUCACACAAGUGUGCAGCAAACAGUUUCGUUGUAA